ACCGGUGGGAAACCUACGGUAUCGAACGGUAGUACGGGAAGCAAAGACGAAACGAAACGAAACGAAACAAGCGAUCGUUGUUUCGAAACCCCAAAAAAUCCGGCACAACACAAUCCAUCAUCCAUCGCUCCCCGGAUGCGACGGAGUGUUGUUCGAUUCGUUCGUGUCGUUCGCCGCGGGAACAAGACCACAAGGACGCACCAACAAGAACCCCCUCCGGAACCCACCCGCAAUUCUCCGGACAACACGCCACUACUAGGGUCCCGCCGCACCGUCCGCCGUCCAAGCUCUUUGGGUCGACUGUUCCGAUCGCGAGCGGAACGCCGGGGCAACAAGAACAAGAACACAAACGCAAACCCAACCGCAACCACAAACGCAACCGCAAACCCCAUCACCACCACCGAAACCUCAUCCACACCAAAGAAAAGCAGGAGCCGGACCAAGAAGCACUGCGCCAGGCUCCGCAAUCGACUCCGUCUCCGACCGCGAAAACGCCGAGACGGGCCAGUCGAGCCAGAGGCACCCCAGAGCCGGUGCCAACCACCCGAGCAGCCCGCUCCCUUCCGCACGGCAAGAAAGAAGGCCGGCCCGACCGAAACCGCCGGCGAGACCCCCGCGACAGCGAGACACYCCUCGCCGAAGCGAACAGCGACCCUUCCCCCCACRCCGACCGAGACGGCGACCGGCGAGACCCACGCCCCCCUGGUGGUCAUUGUGGGCAUGCCCCCGAUGGAGGAAGAAGAAGGCGUSCCGUCCAAGGCGAUCUGGGAUCCCACCCUCGAGUCCUCGUCCGGAUCCGUCACGACGUCGUCCUCGAUCUCCAGCAACGACGAGAACGGGAGCCUCGGCGAGGAAGCCUUUGCCGAUGCCUCCGAGACGGACCUCCGGAUGAGGAUACUCCAMGGCAGGGGACCAGGACGGGGAGGCUCAAGCCCUUGUUCCGACGAGGAAGACGACAACCGACUCGGUGCCAUGCUCAUGAGCGGCAUCAGCCGGACCCACGGUACCCGCCCCGGCGAGGCCUCGUCGGAUGCAAAGGCCGCAGGCAAGGCCAGAAGCACCAACAGCGGUGGCGGCGGCGACAAGAACGACAAGAGCCUCCGAUCCACCGUCCCCCUCACGCCCGCCCAGAAGCUCCGGGAAGACCGGAACCACUUCGUCCACUCGUACCUGUCCAGGCUCACCGACAAGCAGCUCAAGACGCAGCUCUGGGAUUCCUUCCGGCUGGCACGCGUCGUUACGGGAAAGACCAUCAAGGGCCGGAGCGGCAACCGGAAGCCCCUGGGCCGCAAUGCGACGCUCCACGCCAUCCGGGAGGUGGCCAAGAUGAAGCUCCAGAUCCUCCGCAUGUCGGAGGAGCUCGACGACUACAAGCAGAAGGAGCGCAGGCGCCGGCUCGAAAGGAAGAAGGCGGAGCGAGGGUCGAGCGUCCAGGGGGGCCGGGGGGCCUCGGACUGCUACCGCGAGGGARAUUCCCCGCCCUUUUCCCGGGCCAGCAUCCAGGGGGGGCGGGAGGCCUCGGACUACGGGGAGGACGAUGCCCCGCCGUCGACUCCUCGGUUUGGGGACGGGAAGGAACCCCAAGCCCAGGAGCACGAGGGCAGCCCGGCGACCCCCGAAACCCCCCUGACCCCGGAGGAACAGCGCGCCAGGGACGUUGAACGCCAGCGUGAGAUCGACGAGCUCCAGAUGGAAUUCGACAUGGCGAGGGACCAGAUUCUCGAGAUCGAGAGGCAGCAGCAGCAAAAGAGGGAGGAGAGGGAGUUCCUCGGUGGCCUGGGAGGAGAACACGGGGCUGCCGCAAAGAGCAACCGCUUUCUUCUGUCGCCCUCCUAUUCCACCGACGAGGACGACUACUACGGCUACGACUCGGAAGAACUCUUUCCCGUGGCUGACUCCCCGGAGUCGGCGGUGGAAAUGCUGCACGCCUUUUCCGGUGCCCGUGCGGCGAAAGGGAGCCCGGCCCCGGCGGCGCAAGAGGCCACCGCCGAGGACCGGAGGAAGCAGGACGCGGACGAUAGUAGGAUGGAAGAGAUCCGGUUGGUCCUGCAAAAGGUGGCGGCCCUCCACGAACAACAACAACAACAACAACAGCAGCAGCAGGAACAAGCACCUCCGACCGAAGCGUCCGCGGUGCACGAGGAAGUCCUUUCCCUCCUGGCGCGACUGGCCACGCCGCCGGUCUCGCCGCGGAAGGCAGGCACGGCCGACGAUCCGAGCACGGCCACCAAGACCACCGCCGGRACGCAGGAGUCGCUAAUGCCAUCGCCAUCGUCGCUGCCGGUGCAAACAACGGUGCGUCCGGAGGCCCCGGCGACGCCUCCUGCGGAAAACGACGGUGCGGAAGGCAACGAGGCAGAACACAGCGAGGCACUCGCCGCCGCAGAAGACGACGAUGCGAAAGGCAACGAGGCACUCGUCGCCCCAGAAGAAGACGAAACGGAGGUUCUCGUCAUCGCCGAAUGCGAGGCACGGCUCUCCAAAGCAAGGCAGGAGGAAUUUGUAUCGAAGGAACACUUCGUAGAUCUUAAGGUACAAAAGGAGGUCCUGGUGGAGGACAUUGCCAACGCCCGGGCCAACACCACGCCGAACCGGACCGCCCUGCACAUUGAACGCCUCGAGGGAUACAAAGAGGAGGUAGAGACCCUCCUCGCACAGGAGCGGGAGCGAGCUAGGCAGAUUGCCGAGCUCGACGAAGAGCUCGACGGACUCGCCGAGGUCUGCGUCAAGCUCGAGGACCCCGAGCGCGAGUUUCGCCGGAAACACGAGGAGCACCGGCGGACUCUCUCUGACUUUGGGAAGCAGGCACGGUGCCACACGGAGCGCUUCCGGAAGCUCCUGGGGAGCAUAGAGCGGGGCAUCGAGGAACACCGCGCCAGGGUCCUCGGGGACAGUAGCGAUGACGCCGAUUCGAAUGCCGACCCCAGUCGUGGCGGUGCGGGUUCCAAUGAGGAUGGCAGURCAGAUGCCGAAACGAUCCAGAAACUAGAAUUCCUGCUGGCUAAGCAAAACAUUGAGCUGUUCAACGCCAAGGCAAAACUGAGGCUGCGAGAGGGACCCGCGGCGAAAGGCUAGUGCAAAGAAGUGAAGUGCAUUGUGGUUCGAUGCAAUGCAUGCGAUGCAACGCUACGCGGCACAUUGCUGCGUAUUUCGUCGAUGGAUAUCAAGCAGGAUCGUGUCUGCUUGUCCCACGAGACCGAUGCCCGAAACGAUUCGAUUUGGCUCCAUUCGAUUCCAUUCCGUGUUUGCUUGUGAACACUUCAAUUGUCGGAUCGUUAUCGUUCCACGCCUGCGCAGACCCGAAGCAGUCAGUGCCGUAGACAAUCUGCGGUGCGGGUCGUAGUUGGAUCGAAAGCAGGAUCGUGCCUGCUUUCCGUUUUGGUUCGUCCCUGAGCUUCGCCAAUCGAUAGGAAGCGAGGCGAAAAAAGUCAUGUGGACAGACGGAUGGAUCGGUAGCCGAGCUGGAUCGUGCCCGCUUUCGUGCCGAUUCAGUUGGACACAAUGCAAAUACUACCCAAUAUUAGUCGAAUACUAAGAUUGCCUCUUGGUUGUUGUCUGUUUCGCGGAUUCUUGGGAGGGGUUGUUCGUUCUCUACCUCUGCCCUCGCCACCGAAGGCUUUGGGCAGGGAGCGCGCUGURUUGUUGGAGUGUGCUGCAGUGCACGCACUGGGACCGACCCACGCGGCUGCAUCCACACACCGAUGGGCCGUUCCUGCACGGACCUGCUUGCUGUUUCCAUUGAUUUCCUCGACGACGGAAUUUUGCAAUCUAGCUACUAGCAUGGAUUGAUCGCAUGCUACUGUGGUUCCCCUCUUCUCCUUGAUUUAGUCACCGCUUUAUAUCCACUCAUUCUACAUUACUUCAUAGCAAAGAUAUCGACGCAACAGAUUGCCAUCAAGGGAUACUUACUUUAGCAGUUAGGAACAAGAAGUGCUGCCAUACUGCAGCAGAAKGAGUCUUCGGAACAACCAAAAUCUAAAAACCAACAAAUGAAAAUUCUUUCGAAACUAUCAAGCUUCCCAAACACUCCUACUAACGGGAAUUUAACGUGUCAU